AUGGGCAUUGUGUUGGUGAAGUCUGGGCCGCCGCCAGAUGAUGACGAGGCCGGAAGCGUCGCUGGUGGCCAGCAGGGUCUCGUGGUGAAGUCAGGGUCGCCGCCAGAUGAUGACGAGGCCGGAAGCGUCGCUGGUGGCCAGCAGGGUCUCGUGGUGAAGUCAGGGUCGCCGCCAGAUGAUGACGAGGCCGGAAGCGUCGCUGGUGGCCAGCAGGGUCUCGUGGUGAAGUCAGGGUCGCCGCCAGAUGAUGACGAGGCCGGAAGCGUCGCUGGUGGCCAGCAGGGUCUCGUGGUGAAGUCAGGGUCGCCGCCAGAUGAUGACGAGGCCGGAAGCGUCGCUGGUGGCCAGCAGGGUCUCGUGGUGAAGUCAGGGUCGCCGCCAGAUGAUGACGAGGCCGGAAGCGUCGCUGGUGGCCAGCAGGGUCUCGUGGUGAAGUCAGGGUCGCCGCCAGAUGAUGACGAGGCCGGAAGCGUCGCUGGUGGCCAGCAGGGUCUCGUGGUGAAGACAGGGUCGCCGCCAGAUGAUGACGAGGCCGGAAGCGUCGCUGGUGGCCAGCAGGGUCUCGUGGUGAAGUCAGGGUCGCCGCCAGAUGAUGACGAGGCCGGAAGCGUCGCUGGUGGCCAGCAGGGUCUCGUGGUGAAGUCAGGGUCGCCGCCAGAUGAUGACGAGGCCGGAAGCGUCGCUGGUGGCCAGCAGGGUCUCGUGGUGAAGUCAGGGUCGCCGCCAGAUGAUGACGAGGCCGGAAGCGUCGCUGGUGGCCAGCAGGGUCUCGUGGUGAAGUCAGGGUCGCCGCCAGAUGAUGACGAGGCCGGAAGCGUCGCUGGUGGCCAGCAGGGUCUCGUGGUGAAGUCAGGGUCGCCGCCAGAUGAUGACGAGGCCGGAAGCGUCGCUGGUGGCCAGCAGGGUCUCGUGGUGAAGUCAGGGUCGCCGCCAGAUGAUGACGAGGCCGGAAGCGUCGCUGGUGGCCAGCAGGGUCUCGUGGUGAAGUCAGGGUCGCCGCCAGAUGAUGACGAGGCCGGAAGCGUCGCUGGUGGCCAGCAGGGUCUCGUGGUGAAGUCAGGGUCGCCGCCAGAUGAUGACGAGGCCGGAAGCGUCGCUGGUGGCCAGCAGGGUCUCGUGGUGAAGUCAGGGUCGCCGCCAGAUGAUGACGAGGCCGGAGGCGUCGCUGGUGGCCAGCAGGGUCUCGUGGUGAAGGUCUCGUGGUGA